UCCGGCGCGCAUUGAAGACGUCACUUCCAGGGCGGUGCGGGGAAACGCCGGAAGUGCCUCCAUUGCGAGCGGCGGCGGUGGCGGUGGCGGUGGCGGCGGGGGGCGAGAGGGAGAGGCGCCAUGGUGGAGGAAGUCCAAAAGCAUUCUGUGCACACACUUGUGUUCAGGUCUUUGAAGAGGACCCAUGACAUGUUUGUAGCUGAUAAUGCCAAACCUAUACCAUUAGACGAUGAAAGCCACAAAGUAAAGAUGGCAGUCAAACUGCGUACAGAGUAUGGCUCGGUGUUGCACAUGCCUACUCUUAAAGAAAACAUGAGGGAGAAAGGAGGCCCAGCCACUGGGGAUCCUUAUGGACAUAAACAGUAUUCUGGAAAUCAAGGACAAGAACUUGAAUAUAUGAUAACGGGUACACAUCCAUACCCAUCUGGGCCUGGCGUGGCUCUGACAGCAGACACUAAGAUCCAGAGGAUGCCUAGUGAAUCUGCAGCUCAGUCCUUAGCUGUAGCACUUCCCGCUUCUCAGACCAGGCUGGAUGCGAAUCGGACAGCUGCUGGUGUGGGUGAGAUUUACAGGCAUGCUGGAAUAUCUGAACGUUCGCAGCCUCCUGGGAUGUCAGUGGCUAUGAUGGAAGCUGGUGGAAACAAAAAUUCUGCGUUAGUGGCAAAGAAGGCUCCAACCAUGCCCAAACCUCAGUGGCAUCCACCUUGGAAGCUGUACAGAGUUAUCAGUGGUCACUUGGGCUGGGUGAGAUGUAUUGCAGUAGAACCAGGAAAUCAGUGGUUUGUUACUGGCUCUGCUGACAGAACUAUAAAGAUUUGGGACCUUGCUAGUGGCAAAUUGAAAUUGUCUUUGACGGGACACAUCAGUACUGUACGAGGAGUGAUAGUAAGUGCAAGAAGUCCAUACCUCUUUUCUUGUGGAGAAGACAAACAGGUGAAAUGCUGGGAUCUUGAAUACAAUAAGGUUAUCAGACAUUACCAUGGUCACCUAAGUGCUGUCUAUGGUUUAGACUUGCACCCAACAAUAGAUGUACUGGUAACAUGUAGCAGAGAUUCAACAGCACGAAUUUGGGAUGUGAGGACAAAAGCCAGCGUGCACACGUUAUCAGGACACACAAAUGCGGUAGCAACAGUGAAGUGCCAAGCUGCAGAACCACAAAUUAUUACAGGCAGUCAUGAUACUACCAUACGACUCUGGGAUUUAGUGGCAGGAAAAACUCGUGUUACUUUAACAAAUCACAAGAAAUCUGUAAGAGCAGUAAUACUACAUCCAAGACAUUACACUUUUGCAUCUGGUUCUCCAGAUAAUAUUAAGCAAUGGAAAUUCCCAGAUGGAAACUUCAUUCAGAACCUCUCUGGUCACAAUGCCAUUAUCAACACACUGGCUGUAAAUUCAGAUGGAGUUUUGGUGUCAGGAGCUGAUAAUGGUACUAUGCAUCUUUGGGACUGGAGAACUGGAUACAAUUUCCAGAGGGUACAUGCAGCUGUACAGCCAGGCUCCUUGGACAGUGAAUCAGGAAUAUUUGCUUGUGUAUUUGACCAGUCAGAAAGCAGAUUGCUAACGGCUGAAGCUGAUAAAACCAUAAAAGUAUACAAAGAAGAUGAUACUGCGACUGAGGAAACUCAUCCUGUCAGCUGGAAACCAGAAAUUAUCAAGAGAAAACGAUUUUAAUACAGCAACAUACUUGUGCUAUAAUUUUGUUUCGGUCACAUUAUGUUCUGCCUACAGCAGCAGAGCAGGAAGUCGGCAAGUCAUUGCUUUUUCAACAUGUUUUGUAAUAAAUUUUGUUCUUCUUUCUUUUUGUCUUUUUUUGGUGUGAAACCAACAAACCAGUUACAGCUGUUAAUUUUAUCUUUGUGGCGCAUGUAUACUUCAUGAAAAGGAUAAAUGUGUAGGUGGUUACUUUUUUAUAUGUAUCUACUGAGCAUAAGUCUAAAUGUUUUGGUGAGCCAGGUUUUUUGAAAGCCCUUUGCUUCACUACAGAAGUUAAUUGUAAAUUUAUCCGUAGAGGCCAUCUACUGGAGACUUCUUGAGUGACGUUUUUAGAUUUUACAUCAGUGUUGUUUACUGUAUAUAUGCUUAGUAUAUGCUGAAAUACUGUAAUGGAACAGUAUAUAUACUAAAUUACAGAAUAAUACCGAGAAAGAAUUGGGAUGAUAAAAUACCAAUGUAGUUUGCUUAGUAAGCCACGCUGGCAAUGCUCAGUGGCUGUGUUAUUGAAUGAAAUGGAUUUUCAUAGUGUUCCUUUCUCUAGGAAAGCUUUGACAUGCAACUCCACAUCUUCAUUACUUUCAUUUUGGAGUGGACCUUUAUAUAGCAAUGGCUACUGUCAAAUUAUGUUGUUUAGUCAGCAGCGGAUUAGGACCAUUUGACUUUCUUCAAAUCACUUGUCUGUUGCUUUUUUCAGUUAUCCAAAACAUGUAUGACAUUAGAUUACAGGGAACUUCUAAAACAGGUCUGAGGAAAAGCUCUUAAGUCAUUCCAGCCUUAAUUUUAUUUAUUGCUGUCUCCCCAAAAUCUUACAAAGGAUUAAAAAAUAUAUACUGAAAUAUGAUUAAUACAAAGGUCAGAUGUGUCAUUGUGUUUAGAUGAUUAAUACAAAGGUCAGGUAUGUCAUUGUGUUUACAAACAGUCAUGUAACAAGCAGUAAAUACAUAAGCCUCCUUGGUACAGUUUAUCCGUGGUGCCAGUGCUGGUGUUCUAAAGCACUUUCUCUUAGCAGAGGAGAAAAGUGUUAAGUCAUUGAGCCAUUCAGUUGUCAGCAAUUCUGCUAACAUUUUCAAUAGCUGCAGUGGUGAGUUUCAUGCAGGGUGGAUACUGAGAAUUGUUCUGUGGCGGCAGCCUUGUAGUAAACUGUUCACAGUAACCACUUCUAAUUUAUGCCAGUCUGACUUCUUUCAAAUCUGGGAUUUAUGUUAGGGAAGUGACAGUUUGUUGAAAGUGCCUGGAGCCCUCUGUUUGAGAUACUGGCAAUAUAGCUUACAAAAAACUAGUAAAACUAAGUGUCAUUUAUAUUACAAGACUUACCUCUUUUGUGAUGCAUGGGAAAUCUUAUGUACAUCCUCCAAAUACUGUAUUUAUAAUUUAAAUGUUUGACAAUGUCAUUUUAAGGCAGUCCAUGCUGCAUGAGUAACUGAAGUUUGGUUGACAGCUAUUGACUGAAGCAUCAUCACAAAAUAGCAAGUUUUAUACACCUUGCUAGCUUUGCUGUUGCCCUGCAACACAUACUGAACUUUGUUUUCCAGACUGCUGUGUUUGAGGACAAAAUAGGAAAAGAUGGGAAUGGUGAUGUUCUUACAAUUAUGAAAAAUACAAAAGCAAAAAAAAAAAACCAACCACAUGAAAUAUGGAUCAAAAACAAGCAUUCACUUUCCAAUUAUUCUAGUUUUUUUUAGUUAACUUAAAAAUAUUUAGUUUUUUUUAAAGUUCUUUUCUUUUGAAGUUUAAAAGUGGUGUUUCAGGGGGAGGAGGGAAAGGUAGACUACAGUAACGUAUGCAGUCCCUUUUUAAUCUGUUUCUCUUUGUGUAUCUGCCUAGCCUGCAGUUUCUCACUCAUAUAGUGUUAGUUUUCUUGCUGUCCUAGAGCCUGGAGAAAAAUAAACCAGUUAUUCUUUAAAAAAAAAAAAAAAAUCUUAUAGAGGAUAUUUAUAGGUUGGAUUAAACACCUUUUAUUUGGUUGCUAAUCUUUAUUACAGCUGUUUUUAUUUUAACUGAUGUAAUGGGGAAAAUACAGGUUAUAGCCUAUGAUUUAUACCUGCUGUUAAUGCUUUGUUCCAGAAAUCUGUGAAGUGUUCUGGUGUUGUACGGAAUUCUCAUGCUCACAGUUGAAUUUUAACAGGAAACCAGUAUGGAGAAGAAUAACUUGGAAAAGGAUGUGUUUUUUUGUUGUAGUAAUUUUGUUUUUAAUAGAAGAGUCUCUUUUGAUAAUUUGGAAUCAGAAAGGGGAAAUCAGAAGUUUUGGCUCCCAGGUCUUGCAAAUCUUUUGUAUACUGGCAUCUUCCUUUAAAAACUGCUUUUAUUCCAUUGUUUAGCAUUUUGAGGAGAGAUUAGAAAGUCACCUGCAGAAUCUGCAUUUCUUCCCUGGAGUCCUGCAGGAAUCCACUAGCACGGGGGCAGUGGUUGCCAGGGCAUUCUGUGUGUUGCUGUGGGUAAAGAUUUGAUUUGCGAAUGAAAGGCUUUGUCACUGUUGUUUGGAAUUACACUUUUCCUUUUUGGCUCUGUAAUAUGCUGUCCCAGUUUUCAGUGUGACUUUUUUUUGUGUGUAUUCUUUAACAUUUGAUUUGCAUGUUCGUUUCCUUCCCAGUAGUUUUUUCUUCCACUUGACAAUAAUGUGAAUAUUGUCCUAUGUACUUCUGUAAAUAUUUCAGACAUCAAGAUUCAUUUAAACAACGAAAAUUCAUUUAAGUGCUUCUCUAGUGCAAAGCAAGCCUAGAUAGUGAGCUGGUGCACACACAUCUGGUUGUGUAGGAUACACAGAUAAGAUUUGUCCACAUAAGUCAUAAAAUGAAGCAAAAUAGAAGGAUUUGAAUCACUGAGUAUAGUUUCCAUGCUUCUGGAAAGUGUCAUGCUGCAAUGUCAGUUAAAGUAAUCUUGACCUGGAGUCUCAUUCACAGAAAAUAAUUGUCACUUACAGAAGACAGAUUUUCUGAAGUAUAUGAUCAAAUCAUACACAUUUGUACCACAAACCUUGGGUUUUGUUUUAUACUGUAUAUAAAUGCAGAGAAGAAAAUGGUUUUUGAUUGUAACAUAAUUCAAAAUGUAACAGGUAAAAGUGAUAAAUUCUAAGAUUGUUGUUUGCUGUGUGCUGAAGCAUAUAAUGUAUGCUAUGCAGCUGGAAUGCAGUCAUUUGCCGGCAGCACAGAAGUUGUGCAGAACAACAUGUAUUUGACAACCUAAAGGCUUACAGAAGUAAAUUUUUAAUAGCCAGUUCCUUUUUGGUCCUGUUAAAUAAGAAUUAAAGUACUUUGCCUGAUUUUAAAUGACAGCAAUUUAGCCAUCAAUAAAACCUUCUAUAC